UUAUGGGAUAUCACGUGCGCGCCAUGAAUUUCUGCGCUAUCGCGUGGGGGAAAGUCGCCCGGUGGAUUAUUUAACGUUGUUUUUGGACGUGGAAUUUUACCCGAAAUGAAGGAAAUAUCUUCUCAUUAGGAACUUGGAAUUACUCUUUCAUAAUCAUGGAUGCCGUGCGGGUAUUCAACAAUGAGCUGUCGAGCUUGUACGAGAGCAAACCGCCCAUCUCUCGGGCCAAGAUGACCCAGGUCACCAAGCUGGCCAUCAAAGCCAUCAAGUUCUACAAGCAUGUGGUGCAGAGUGUGGAGAAAUUCAUACAAAAGUGUCGGCCAGAGUACAAGGUGCCAGGCCUUUAUGUCAUUGAUUCUAUCGUCAGGCAGUCACGCCAUCAGUUUGGACCUGAGAAGGAUGUCUUCGCGCCUCGCUUUGCCAAGAACAUCGUCAACACCUUCCAGUUCCUCUUCAAGUGUCCCCCAGAGGGGCGGGCCAAGAUCGUCCGGGUCCUGAACCUCUGGCAGAAGAACUCCGUCUUCACUGCGGAUCUCAUUCAGCCUCUGCUGGACAUGGCGAAUCCGGAGAAAGCUGCAGCUGCAGAGGCCGCAGUGACAGCCCCGCCCGUCCCCAAAUCAGACAAGCCAGAUGUCAAGGCGUGGCUGUCCCAAACCACCGAGCCCAAGGCGGGAAAGAACGACGCCCCUGCUAAAGAUGAUGCCCUGAGCACGGUCCAGCAGAUCCUGCAACAAACCCAGCAACAGCAGAUUCAGCAGCAGCAACUGCAGCAGUUGCAGCAGCUACAGCAGCAGCUGGAGCGGCAGAAGCAAGUGACAGACAUGACAGCGAGCAGCGGCAACACCGGCCUCGUCCUGGACAGCAGCCUCGUGGACCAGAUCCAAACGCUGACAGCCUACCUGUCAACCCUGACUGGGAAGGUGAACGCCACCGGCAGCAGCAGCACCAACAACGCAGGCAGCAGCAGCAGCAACAGCAAGUCGAUGGAGAGCAGCAAGCCAGCGGUGCCAACGCCGGUCCCUGCGCCUGGGGCUGAAGCCAAGGCGCUUGGCUUCAAUAAAGCAUUGCUAGACUUUGACUACGGAGACGAGGAGGAAGAAGACACCAAGGAGCCCCACCCAACGUCCAUCCCCCAGCCCAAGGCCUCAGGCCUGGAGUCCAACGUACAGGCCGUCCAGAGAUUGACGGAGGAGCUCAAGAACGCCCAGAGCCAGCAGGAGUUCUUACGUCUGCAGCUGAGACAUCAACAACCGGCGAUGCCGCCUAUGCCUCCGGGCUAUGCCAAGAUGAUGCAGCCCCCGGAGCCCGAGGCUCCGCCAGAGCCAGCGACCGAGGCGCCCACCAUCAAUCUGGACCAGGACCCAGACGAGGAGAUGCUGCAGAUGCAGAAGCUGCAGCAGGAAGCGGCAGCCAUGGAGGAGGAGGAGCAGCAGCAGCAGCGGCGGUCAGGGCGGCGGCACCACGACGAGGAUCAGGAGGAAGGGGAGAUUGUGUCGUCGCACAAGCGGUCUCGACACCGCGACAGAAGCAGAUCCCGAUCUCGGUCCCCAAAGAGAAGGCGAUCGCGGUCCCACUCCCGGUCCCGCUCAGGCUCCCGCUCCCGGUCCCGUUCCAAGCGGAAGAAGAGGUCACGUUCUCGCAGCCGCACCCGUCGCUCCAAGCGGUCGAGGUCCCGGGACAAGCACGAGAGGCGAAGGGAUCGGGACGAGGAGGAACGCCGGAAGGACAAAGAGAAGCGAGAGAAGGAGAGGGAGAGGGAGAAGAAGGGUCUUCCACCUCUCAAGGAGAAGCAUCUCAGUGUCUGUACCAAGACACUCUGGGUUGGCCGAUUGCCCAAGCUUGGAGCUGAGAGUGAACUGAAAAAUUAUCUCGAGGAUUUUGGACCCAUUGCAAAAGUUGACUUGGUACCCCCGAGAGGAUGUGCUUACGUCUGCAUGGAGAACAGACUGGAUGCUUACAAGGCACUGGAGAGGUUGCGGAGAGGCAAGAUGUUUGGAAACUCGGCCAAGAUUGCCUGGGCCCCUGGCAGGGGUGUGAAGGAGUACAAGCAGUACAAUGACUUUUGGGAGGUAGAGAAGGGGGUGACCUACAUUCCCUGGGACCACCUGCCCUCGGAGGUGGACCUCAACGAGCUGGCAGAGGGAGCAGCCAUUGACGAGGCCACACUUCCUCCUGGCAUGAAGCUAGAGUUGCCAGUUGAAGAAAUUGAAGAGGAAACCCCAGCUCCUGGGAUAACUCAUCCCACUCAGAUGAUUGCGACUGCCAUGGGAGGCCAACCUGUGGCCCCUGGGAUCAUGAUGCAAGGCCUGGGUCUAGUCAGGCCCAACAUGGCCCAGGCCAUACCCACAGUCGACCUCACAGUGCCAAGCACCCUUCAGCCCAUGUCAAUCAGACCCAGAAUACCUGGCCCUGUUCCACCCACCACUAGCCAACCUCAGGCCACAGUGCCAAGCGCCACUCCCGAGAUGGUCCGCAUGCCUGUGUUCCAAUCCGGCGUGUUCCCUCCCUUUGUUGGAUACACUCCACAGAUGCCACCGCCAGGGUUCCGCUUCGCUCCAGGUUUCCAAGCUCCACCCACAACAGCUAGCAUUCCAGUUAGUACGGUUCCAUCAGGCGUACCUCCGCCUUCACUCUUCCCAAGGGGAGUGCCCCCUCCUACCAGCCAGCCAGGCCUGCCAGCAACCACUGCUAUGAAAAUAGCUACCACCGUGGAAUCAAGUAAGCCAAACACAAGUGAUGACAAGCCGGACUUCAGAAUCCCAGGACUUGGUGGAGAUCCAGUGUCUGGUAGAACACAGGAGAGCCAUUUGCAGCUGCAAGGAGUGCCAGUGAUGGGGGUACCACGUCCAGGCUUCCCCUUCUCUAUGGCUUCCCUACAGCGCAGCAUACAGCAACAAGGAGGCACUCCAACCAGCCUGAUGGGAGUUCAUCCAGGCCAGCCGGGAACCCUGCCACCAGUAUUCACCCAAGACCUCAGGUUAGGAUUGCGGCCGCCCAUGAUGAGACCACCUGGGCCUGUCACCAUCUCACAACUGGAAGGAAGUAACUCGGAUGUAACAAAACAGGCUAAGAAUGAUGAGGGCCGACCACCGACCUCUGGAGCAAAUGAAAAAGGGGAUGUGGGUCCCCCUCAGGGUGUCUUUGCAGUGCCAAAGCCACCAGCCUCAAUUCUUGGUAAAUUCAAGGAUCACAUGGCACAAAGGGUCCCCUCUCCUGGCAUGCCCGGAAGGAAGGAUAUUGAUAUGAGGGAAGAGAAGGUCCCCCUGACUGGCACCAAUCACUUGGAAGGUGGCCCAGCCACUGGCAACACUGACCAAGACAAGAUGGGUCUACGUCCUCCGAUGUCUCAGGAGCAUAUUCUCACGGAUGCUAAUCGAUUUCCUCCUGGUGUUCGUCUGAUGAGACCGCUCAUUGGCAUCCAAGGGCAGCCGUUGAUUCAAAGAGCCGUUGCACCAGGAUUUAGGAUGAGACUUCCUGGACCUGGACAGCAGUUUGCAAUGCAGGGACAGAUGAUCCACAUCCCAAAUCAAGGGAUGCAGCCCGGGGGACCCCAACUCCAGAUGAUGGGCAUGAGACAGCUUCAUCCAGGGAUGAUGGGUGGAUCUGUUAGAGGAAUGAUCCCUCCUCAGGGGAUAGCAAGCUCUGGAGGAAUGCACAGGCCAGGAGGUAUGGCACCCCCAGGUGGAAUGCCUCAACCAGGUGGGAUGCCGCCACCUGGAGGAAUGCUCCCACAAGGCAGUAUGCAACCUCCUCAAGGAGGAAUACCUCCUCGUGGAGCUAUGCCACCGCCCUCUGGAGUACCUCCAAACAGCAGACCACAAGCAAGAGGUAAUCAGGCAGGACAACAGGAGGCAGAAACCCGUGAGCCAUUCCAGCCAGGCAUGAGAGGCGGACCACCUCAGAUUGAAGGAGGGAGGGUUGACAGCGAGCGCAACCAGGAUGGAGCACCAGAACGAAGUGGAGCUGGACGUAGCCGAUGGGGACCUCCUGUGCCUCCUGCUGGGGAGAGAGAACGUAUGCUACCUGACCGUGGUAGACCUGCCCCGGAACCCUUGAUGGGUAAAGGAGACAAGGAUUUCAGUGAGAGGGACAUUGACAUGCGAGAGAGGAAGUGGCUUGAAAGGGGCUGGCAUGACCGGGAUGAUCGGGAGAGAGUUGGGAUUGGGAUGCGUGACCAGGAUUGGCGAUUACCACCUGGAGGCCCAAGAGGACCUGAUUGGAACCGAGACCGAGAUGACCGUGGCUUUGUGAGACCAGAUGAUAGAGACAUACGUCGGCCAGAUUUUGGCCGCGAGUGGAAACGACCAGGAGAUAGAGACAUGGAGAGGGAACCAUUCCGACCUGAUGUGGACCGUGGUCGGGAGCCAGAAAGGAACCGGGAACAGGACAGGGGUGGCUUCCGGGACCGCGACCGGGACUUUAUGCGAGGACGGGACAGAGAUCGAGACAGAGAUCGUGACAGAGAGGUCAUGCGGAGCCGUGACAGAGACCGCGAUCGUGAUAGGAGAGAUCGCGACCGGGACCGAGAUCGCAGGGAACGCUAUGACGAUAAACCACGUGAAGGCACCAGAGAUGAGCCCGUUGAUGACCAAAAAGUACCCCCUGAGCCCAGUCCUCAACAAUCCCCGAAGCCAUUGUUGAGUCCUGCACCUGUUGGCCAGCCUCCAAGUGGAAUUCUUAAACAACCCUCUGAAGCGGCUAAGCCAGAAGCAGUUGCUAAGGAUCAAACUCCUGAAGCCAGCAGCUCUUCACUCCCGAAUCCUUCACAGGCUGUACCUCCCAAGUCCCCUCUAUUCCAAGGUCUACCACCAGCUGCUGAUAAAGAGCCUGUGAUUGCUGCUGCUGCACCUGAGCCGCACAAGCUCAAUCCCCUUGCGGAAGCUUUUGUGCCCAGUGGAGCUGAAGAACCUCCAAGGGCAAAAACCCCUCAGGGACUCUAUGCAGAUGUCCCGGACCCAGUGCAACCUCAAACUCAGCCACCUCAACAGGCUCUUGAAUCAGGGCCAGAGAACAAUGGCCCUUUACCCAACAUCCCUCCAAUUGAAAAUGAGAGAAGGAACUCUGAUAAUGACCAGGUGAAUUCAGCCCCACCUUUGGGCAAUUCGUUGAGCGACAGCAAAGCCAAAGAAAAUCCCCCCACAGAGAGUGCGAGUGAAGUCGCAGUGGGAGGGGAAGGGAAUGCAGUCAGUGCCGAGGAGACUGAAAAUACGUGAAGCUCUGAUGCUGAAGGAGAUGGCUGAACAAAACUUUGGGAUUUUUGGUCUGGAAUCCGUUCUAAAGAAACCCGGACUCGUGCUCUGCAAGAAAUGGGUCUCCUUCUACUUAAUCUUAUUCAAAUUGGCCAAUAAGUUGUCACAUGGACUUGCAAUUGUUCAUUGAUUUCCUUUCACUCAAGCCAUACUUCAAGACCUGCGAAUGCUAACUGCUAGUUCACAGAUGUUAAGCUGCUCUCUUCGAGACUUAACUUUGGUACCUUCAAUUCUGAAUUAGUAGCUUAGUAGCAGAGAGUGUUUGCUUGAAGUAUGUCUCGACACGUCUUUGUGUUUCUUUAUGAUGAACUUAACAGCUGAGUUGAUGAAAUAUUAUUUUCACAAUUUGUGUGUCGCGAACGUGUCUGCCUUUACUGAAGUGGGCAAAAAGAAUUCCAACUUGUUAAUUUAACUGGUAGCAGCUUCUGGAAAGUUUUCAUACAAAAUCAACUUCAGAAUGUGCCUGAAUCACUCCUGUUCUUCCUCAAAAAAGAAAAGUUAUGCAAAUAUGAAAGAUUUUUUCUUUGUUUUGGUAGGGGUGAUGUCUCUUUUGCUAGAGACAAAACAUUUUUCGUUGGAGUUCUUGAUGUCGCUUCAGCUUUUGUAAAUGUGCAAUGUUGUGUUGCAAUGGCGAAGAUAAUAACCAUACACCAUGCACAAGGUGACACCUACAAUCCCGGCCAAAAUGGUUGGGACACUUCCUGAGCCUGCCACGGUCACCCACUCCCCCGCUUCCCCAGUCAAUGUUGUUCUCUCCAGCUGAUGGAGCACACACCGUGCAACAUAGAACGGGGGCCGGGGGGUUGGGGCCCAGCCAGAUUUGGCCAGGAUUGUAGAUUGAUUGAUCUGUUAGGUGAAGGCUUUCAAAAUUUCAGGGUCUGGGACCUAGACUCUCUUUGAAUCUUUAAAACUCCUUUGUUGCAUGCCUUUUCUAAAACAUUGGCUUGCAUAACGGAAAUAAUGAAUUCACUGCCAUUAUUCUUGGGGUGGGGGGGGGGGGGAGUUAACCCAACAGGGUGAGUCUUGGAAGAUGAUUCGUGUCCCCGAGAAGUGCCAGACGAUGACAAUAAUAUGAUUCUUUUUUCUUGCGCGUGGUGUAUGUUUCUUAUCCAAUUCCUGUUUAAUAUACAAGGCUUUAAAGUGAAGGUUUUGUCACUUGAUGCAAAAUUGAAUUACCAAAAUUUCCCUCUGUUUUAAAGGUGUACAAAUUGUUUUGCUGAUUUUUUUUAAAUAAUAUUUUAUUUUAAAUCGCUCUACGAGAAUGUUGUUCUUAAAUUUUUGUGAUACUUUAUGUUCUGGUCUACCAAGCUAUCACAGUACUAAGACUUGAAAAGUGGGCUUUUAUUUGUUAUUUUUGUAUUUUUGUAUUUUUUUUCAGGGGGGGGGGGGGAUUUCUCAGAAACAAAUGCCUACCAGUAAUGUGUCUAAUUUCAAAUCGGCUCAAAUAGUUUUCGGAAUUAAAAACGCACAUAGUCCAAGAUUUUGCCUCAUCGCUCGGCCAGUUCACGGCCAUAAUCUGCUCAAAGCUUCUUUUUUGGGGGGGACUACCUAUAUCAUUUUUCGCAUGCCCUGUUGCAGCAGCAGCGUUUACUUCAGGUUUAAUGGUGUUCUCUUCAGAACUGUAUUAACGUCCAGAAAUCUCAUGUUGUGGUGUCUUUGGAAGGCAUUAAAAUAUUCAGAGGUAAUUUUUUUAUAUCGUAAAAAUGAGAACUUGUGUCUUGGCUUUGGGUGUACAUGUACUUGGAUUGUUGCGUAAAAUUAUCACUGCACAAAUCAGCAUAUAAAUGCUAUGUUCUAUUAUUUUUGUGUUUUUACAAAAUUCUGCGAAUGCCUAUCCAGUGUUUCCCUGUCCAUACCACCAAAAAAAAAAAAAAAACCACCAAAAAACAAAAAAAAAAAAAAAAAAAAUUAACAAAAUGUUGUUAACUCAUAUAUUCGUGAUUUCCUAGCAGUUUGAACAUUUUUUUUUAAAGUCCUGUUGAUAAAGGCAAGCAGAUUGUUUUAGAACGUCGGUGACUUGAUUAUUCAAAUUGAGAUGCAGAGUUAAUCAACCAGUCAAGCUCCAAGAUCAACUGCAGGAAAGUUAACGGAGCUGCAAAGAUGAAAAUUUUGGUAAUCGUGGUUUCUGACUUUGAUUUCUGAUUAUUUUAAUCCCUUUUUCUGUUUAAUUGGUGGACAAAUGAGUUCAAACAACUUGAUUCUUUGUCUACGUUGUAUAUUUCAUGAUUGAAACAGGUGUUCUGUGAAUUGUUUUGUUUUAUUAGCUAGUUGUUUUCAAAGGAGUUGAUGAAAAGUAUGUGCUGUAACAAAUUGCGCUUGUAUCAAGUUCAACAGAAAUGCUAAAAACCUGUAAAUACUAAAGCUGAACAAUUGUAGUUUAGUGAAUUGGAAUCAGUUUGUUGAGCUCAUUUGAAGCCGAUUGUAAUAUUUGCAUAUCUAAUUGUUGUGGUUAAUCACUGUAGUUUAAAAAGGUAAGGUUUGUAAAUAUUAACUAUAGUCUCAAAUAGAGACUCGACGAUGGACAAGUCGACCGUCUCGACGAUGGACAAGUCGACCGUCGAGCCUCGCCGAACGUCAGUCAAGUUUGCAUCGGAAAACGGAAGGACAAUUUGUGGAGAACACUUCAAAUGAAAGACCGAGACUUCAGAACAUUGGAACUUUCUGCCAGCUUCGCACUAGCCUCAAAUCGAGCGCCAGUGUAAUUACAGGAAGUAUGUUUGGUUGUGACUUGUUGAAAGUGGAUGGGAAUAUAUGCAUGCUGUGUUAUUGAACUGUAAAUACAUGUAAUUAUGAAGACCUGGUGUGGGAAGGGUAGCUAUCCAUGCGGACGCCACCAGUAGAAUGACACUGGCAGGCAAAAAUGAAGCUGGCAAGCAAAUCUAGAAAUACACCAUACUUCGUGGGAAACAAAAUGCCAGGUACAGUUAUCUAUGCGAACUUGUAAAUAACGUGUUGCAUGGUCUUAUGUGCACUUGUGUAAAAACAAAAUUGUUACGGCGAAUUUCGUCCUUGCAGCAUAAAAAAAAAAUGGUGUUUGCUUUUACUGUUAAAUAUUUCAGAUAUAAGAUAUGCGUCUUUAAUAAAUGUAUAUUACGCAAUUGAGGCACUGGAACCAGUUGCCAUCCUGCACCAGUCUUGAAGAAAAAAAAUUAACAAUUUCAGAAAUGCUAACAAUUUGUGUUAAUUUUGGUCGCAACAGUAGUCUCGAUUAGCCUACAGACACUUUAACGGAUUUGCCUCGUUCAUUAUAAUUUGUAAGCUGACUCGUUUGAACCAGAAAUUCCGGAAAUUCUUUGGGUUUUUAUUUUUUAGAGAUGAAAGCUACAGUGGCGUAAAUAGGUCCAAUUUCAAACGAAGUUUUUGGGGAAUCAUUUUCUGGAUUGUUUCAAACAAUAUAAAGGCUCCUUUCCUGUUGAAAUUUUGAGCCCAACUAUUGAGGAGGCACAUUUUGUAAGGGGGUGACAGGGCCUCGACGGAAGGGGAUGGAUUCCGUUCCCCGUGCCCUGCCCCACCCUUCCCUGAAUUGCGCCUCUGGAAAGCCAAGCGACCCAGAAAGGUUUGCUCUGAAUAUUUGUAAUCCUCCCAUCGACAUGAAUAUUCACAAUCAUUUUCGGACAAUAUGAAUAUUCAUCAUUGAAUUUCAAAUGACGGUUUUAUCUCUUGCAUUUGUAGAAGGGAAAAUGUCAUGGGCCUUGUAGCCUAUAUAAUGAGAAACUAAAAUCAUAAGGGGGGACAAUAACAUUGCUAAAAAUGGAACAAACUUAAAUCGGGGGCAAAAGUAGAAGGGUGCAAAAUGGCUUGUCUUUUAAUUAUGCAAUCUAGGUGAAAGGCCAAGUAUUUACUUUUUCUCUUUACUGUUUUCUGACUUUUGAUUGUAUGUUGUAGCUAAAUGUAAGUUUAAAUAUUGGCACACACAAAAAAAACACCAACAAAUUUAAAUUCUUGGCGGUGAGAUUA